AGAAGCUCGAUAUCGCCAGCUGAGCGAGAAAAAUACUCCAGGCCACGUAGCACGCCAGACUCGCAGCACCACGACCACAUUCACCUGAAGAAGCAGAAGGAACAGGACAAAGACAUUAGCCACCAGAGCGACGGCGAGAAGAGCGAUCAGGAUUUGGUCGUCGACGACGCGAGCGAGGACGGGCCGACCGGGAGCCCGACAGCCAACGGCACGACGUCGCCCCGCGAGAACGGCAUCGACAAGCUCGGCCCGUCGUCCGUGUCGUUGAGCGGCGGCAUGAAGAAGGAAGCUCCGCCGCCGUCGCCGCGCAGCGGAACGAGCAGCAACGCCAGCACGCCGUCGGCCAAGAAAAUGGAGGAACGCGAGAAGCCAACCACGCCGAUCUCGAAACCCGUGACACCCACCUCAGCAGGUGGGAGCAGUUCCGGGUCAGGCGUCAUGAAGCCGUCGUCGUCGAGCAAAGCCUUGGUGUCGGCAUCGACGAUCGGACCGUAUCCACCGCACUACCCGCCACCGCACCAUCCGCCGGUCGGACCGCACGUCGACAUGCUCGGCUACCCGCCCGGUGCCCUCAACGGCUAUCCGGCACGACCGCCGCUACAGCAGCUGUACGAUCAUCACGGCAACAUGAGAGCACCCCUCGGACCGCUGGCCGUGCCUGGCGGCAAACCGGCGUACAGUUUCCACGUGUCGAGCGAGGGCCAAAUGCAGCCGGUGCCCUUUCCCAAUGACGCCCUCAUCGGGCCAGGUAUACCAAGACACGCGCGUCAAAUCAACACACUCACCCACGGCGAGGUGGUAUGCGCCGUGACCAUCUCCAAUCCCACCAAGUACGUGUACACCGGGGGCAAGGGCUGCGUCAAAGUCUGGGACAUAAGCCAAGGUGGAAGCAACAACUCCAAGCCGGUCUCUCAACUUGACUGCCUGCAACGCGACAACUACAUCAGAUCGGUGAAGUUGCUCCCCGACGGGCGGACUCUGAUCGUCGGCGGCGAGGCUAGCAAUCUGAGUAUCUGGGAUCUGGCCAGCCCGACGCCGAGGAUCAAGGCCGAGCUGACCUCGUCGGCGCCAGCCUGCUACGCAUUGGCCAUCUCGCCGGACUCCAAGGUCUGCUUCAGCUGCUGCAGCGACGGCAACAUCGCCGUCUGGGAUCUGCAAAACCAGACGCUCGUUAGACAAUUCCAGGGCCAUACGGACGGAGCGUCCUGUAUCGACAUCUCGGCCGACGGAUCCAAACUCUGGACUGGUGGACUGGAUAAUACUGUCAGAUCUUGGGAUCUGAGAGAAGGUCGCCAGUUACAACAACACGAUUUCACAUCGCAAAUCUUCUCGCUUGGCUAUUGCCCGACGGGCGAGUGGUUGGCCGUUGGUAUGGAGAACUCCAACGUCGAGGUGCUGCACGCCACGAAACCAGACAAAUACCAGCUUCAUUUGCACGAGUCUUGCGUGCUGUCCUUGCGAUUCGCUUCCUGCGGCAAGUGGUUCGUGUCCACUGGCAAGGACAAUCUUCUCAACGCUUGGCGCACUCCUUAUGGUGCAUCGAUAUUCCAGUCCAAGGAAUCUUCAUCAGUACUCAGCUGCGAUAUUUCAACGGACGACAAGUACAUCGUCACUGGAUCCGGUGACAAGAAGGCUACUGUCUACGAAGUGAUGUACUAAAAGCCCUAGCGCGACUGUUAAUAUAUAAAUAACGACUUAGAUUUUUAAGCUUGUUAAGAUAUUUAUGAAAGGCACUGUAUUCGCAAAAGUAUCUCAUUUUUCUCCGGACGAAUUAAGUCCUGACCCUCACGACAUCGUCAGUGUAGUUUAUAUUUUACAUAAAAUCGUAGUGAAAAGAACAUUUAUGCAGAAACAUACAUUUUUUCAUGUCGAGCAUAAACAUUUUUGUCGGUGCUACUUACUGAAUCGUCAGAAAAGAGAGGGAACAGGGGAGGGAGGGAGAGAGAGCUCGAUUUAAUUGCCACGUAAAAUGAAUUGUAAACGAUCACAUACGUCGAUAUUAGUUGCACUCAGAAUGUUUAGCAUAAUUAUUUCCACUUUAACGGAGAUGUUUUUUCUUAAAUUCUUCUUUUUAUUGUAUAAAGACUUUAAUAAUGAUAUUGUGACAGAUUUCUCCUCAAAUUAAUUUCAAGAGCAAUUGUGUUUACUUUUAAAGAUAGAAAAAGUAAGAUUAAAUAUAUGUGAAAAAAAGGAAUUCGAACACAAACAGUUAUUUAAUAAUGUAUAAAAAGUAAGAAAUUUAUGUACUUGUAAGUAGAAGGCAUGCUAAAAAAGAUAAUGAAAGACAGAAUAAUACGAUUGCGUAUCUGUGAGAAACGAUUUUCAGCGUGACACGUCUGUCGUACUGAAAAAUCGUAAUUGUAAAAUAGAAUUUAUUAAUUUUUAGGGGCGAAUGGCAGAACGUAUGUGUGAGACAAUAGAUAUAUAAGUGUAUAGCAAGUAAAAUAAUAUUGCUAAUUGUAUAUGCCUCACAAUAUUUGACGAAUGAAGUGAAAUAUAAAAGAAGUGAGAAUAACGGAACCAUGAGUCUGCGUCACUUUUGAAUUAACUCCGUGUGCUCUCUUAUAACAAAACAUUCUGCAAUUUGGAUGAGCGCAAAUUUUAAUGGGAAAACAAGAUAACGUGAAAGUAAUCUUAUAUAAGAUGCAUAUUGCUACAAAAACCAUUAAAAUAUCUUACGUAAUAAAUACGAAAUCAGUAUGAAAUGGACGAUUUAACGCGUGAUGACGAUAUUAUGCUGUUCUAGACAGUGUUGAUGCGUAAAAAAGAACAUUUACACGCAUAACGACGAUAUGUUGAUAAUAUACUGAAAAGAUGAAAACAAAAAAUAUGUAUCGCCACUCAUUAUCAGAUAUUUGACAAAAUAUUUUUGUGACUGUCAAUGUAAAACGGCUCGCAAGAGGCAAGACAAGGCCGAAAGAAAAAAAAGAACGACUUUAGAACCGUAAGAGAUUUUGCAUUUUUAUCACUAGUAUCCGCUUCUUUAAAUGAUUUCAUUUUUAAAACAAAUAUGAGUAAAUUAAUUGAACGCUGUUGAAACAGCAGCUGACUCUCAUUGCGCGCGCUUGACCAAUAUGUGAUCCCAUGAAAAUGCAAAAUCCGACGAUAACCAUUGUGAAAAACCUUGAAAUGCCUCGGGCGGAGCUAAAGCCUCUUAUAAAAGGUAUUUAGAUAGCGCAAUAUUGUUCAGAGCCAGCUGUGAGUCAGAUGCAAAUACGGAUAUUUAUAUUUUGUUACAGGAAGAUACACACAAAUUAUUACACCCGCCGUGAUCGCAGCAAAGUUGCUUUUCAAAUGUUUGUUCUCUAUCCGCGAAGGCAUACAUAGAUUUUAAUUACAUACACACAUACACACUCUAUGAGAGCUUUUAGUGCCGUGACUUUGUCAACGUACCCAUACACAGACACACAGAUGCGAUGAUAAAAAGGUAAUAACUUUGAGCGAUCACGGUUCCGAUGAAUAGACCAAUAGAAACAUUUAUACCUCAAGACUCAAUAGAUUAUUGCAGCUAAUGAAACAACUGUACAAAUCAAUAUUCUUUUACAGUAAAAGAAAAGUAAACAUAGCAGCAUCCGUGAUUCAAUGGAACAUUGUUAAUUGUAGACUCACUUUAUUAUCACAAUCCAAGCUUGCGUUUUUUGUCAUGUAUUAGGCUGGCAUACCAUCUUUGAUUUAGCUAUCGAUUGCUCGUUUUAAUAAGCUUUUCCAUAUAUAGAGCGAUCGCAAUUUUUUCCCAUUGAAAACGACUUAAUCAGUUUUUUAAACACAGUCCAUGUUGUUCCUAUAGCUACGCGGAAAUUGUUCUUUUUUGGCAAUUAAAUUGUGUGCAUGUACGUAUACGCAGAUAAGGCGAC